GUUUAAUGUAGGAAGUUUCGUUUCUUUACAACCAUGUGGACCACUUUGACAUGAAAAUAAUACUCUUUAGUAGUUUUGUGUGUUUAUUAUUUAUAAGCUGGAGUGGCGAGCAUGUCUGUGAACGAGUCAGUGCACGAGUUGAACCAGCUGAUCUUCCGACAUUUGAAAGAAAAUGGUCUUCAUUCAGCUGCAGAGGAGAUACAGAGGCACAGCCCACAGGAGGAGACAAACACAGCAGUGUCUCUAUUUGACAUCUACAAAUCAUGGUUGAAAAAUUCCAAAAAGACAGGGAAGACUAAAUCAGCCAAACGCUCCAAAUCCAAACAAGGAGGGACUCCAAAUAAAGUCAAACCAAGCACACCGAAAAGGAAGACAAAGACACCUGCAAAAAAGACAACAUCGACAAAAAAGGUACUACCUGCUCAGGGGAGAAGGAAAAAAGUUGAAGAAAAAUCAGCAAAAAGUGAUGCCAAGGCCAAGAAAUUAAAGGCAAAGCCAACAGACAAGGUGGUGGCAGCUGUUGCUGAGGACUCCGACUCUGACAGCAGUCUGGAUGUGGACAAGUGGAAGAAACUGCUCCUGCAGAUGACAGACGCUGACAUUGCCAAGAUGGAAACUAUCAACGCUCUGGACCCUUGCACACCACAGCCCAAGAGAACGAGAGUCAGAAAGCCCCGUGCGAAACCCGCUGCAAAAACGAGCACUGCUGCUCUGCAGAAAGCUGCCACGCUUGAAAAGAAUGAAAACGAGGAGGAGAAAUCUGCAAAGCAGACGCCGGCGAGGAAGAAGAGCUCAAAAGGAAAGACCACACCUGUGUCGUCAUCUGACAUCCCAGGCCCAAAGCAGAGCCUCGACAACGAGGACGGCAAACCUGCAACGUCCACACUCACACCUUCAAAACAGACGCCACGAAAAGAAGCGUCUGACUCUGUGAUUCACGGGGAAGAAAAAGCAGAUGAGACGGUGCCUGAGCCCAAGAAAAAGAAGAAAAGGAAGAAAGAAAAGGAGGCAGGUGAGGACAAGCUGGACGUGAAUGGAAAUGAAGUGGGAGAAGAUGGAAUUGAAAAAGAGAGUAAGGGGAAGAAGAGCAAUGACGUCACAGGACCAGAUACACCUGUGGAGCAGAAGAAUAAGACAAAGGAAGCAAAAGGAGAGACUGAAGAACGCGUGGAAAAUCUUGAAAUUAUUCAGGAGAAUGUUACAGAGGCUGUUUCUUUUCUUGUACAAGGAAAGAAAACCAAGAAGAGGAAAAGGGAGAAAGGAGAUGAUGAGGACAAUUCAGCUCACACAGAUGAAGAAAAGAAGGUGAAGAAGAGGAAAAGGAGGCUUGAACGUGAGGAGAAUUCAGAACAGGUUCCUGAUGAAAAAAGUGAAUUUACAGAUGAGAAUGUACCUGCAGUUAGCAGUGAGGACAAACCAGAGACAAAUGCUGAAGAAAAGAAAGGGAAAAAGGAGAAAAUGAAACAAAUAAUUGAAAAUAAUUUAGAGCAGGUACAUGAGGAAGGAAAAGAUAUUAUAGAGAAAAGUGCAGAGGAAAAUCUAGAAAAUUUAGAGCAAAUCACUAAAAAAAAGAAGUCAAAGAAGAAGAAAAAGGAGAUCGCUGACACUGAGGAGACUCCAGAGUCCCGAAAAGAAGAGAAUCCUGGUGAAGAAAACUCAGAAGUGACGGUUAAAGAAAAGAAAAGAAAAGCAAAGGAGGACAAAGCUGUUCAUGAUGAGGAAAUGUCAGAGCAGACAGACAGAAAUCAACCAAUACAAAUAUCAGAGGCCAGUAAUGAUGAGACAAGGUGGAAAAAAAAGAAAAAGAAGUCCACCGACGAAGAAUUAGUUCCUCCACCAAACCUGGAGACAGAAAGUCCUCCAAAGAAGAAGAAGAAAAAGAAAAGCAAAUUACGAUCAGUUGAAGAUCCAGAAAGCCCUGCAGUUUCAGUCCAGGACGCCACGGCAACUUGAACCAUCCAGAGCAGAUCAGGAGACGCCAUCUGAAAGCAAAGUCUUACGAGAAUACGCAACUCUUCCUUCCUGCUAAACCUGAGGAUGAAGCCACAUAUCUUCUGUCCUUUUUUUUUAAUCAAAUCAAACCAUGAAACUGUUAAUAGAAACAGACAUUUUUAUGUUGGAACAGUUUUUAUUUUUUUCUUGUACGUGCUGUGUCACAGCUCCCACUUUUUGUAAACAGAUAUUUUAGAGUAAGAACAGGUUUAAUGGCAUGAAAGGCCAACCAAUGAUGAACUGUCUUGUUUCCUUUGUCAGCAAAUACACAGAGUCUCAGGAGUUUGUGUUGUGAAACUCCAAAUAAGUGCAGCUCUGUGACUGCAGAUCUAGGGUUUUUAUGGUGAUUUGAGGACUCUUAACCUUUGUUCCCACUGAGCUGUUUGUUGACUGUCCUGAGUGUCUUUUAUGUGGCACAAAAAAUGAUAAUGUAAAAUGUUUUUAAACUUUCAUUUGUACAUUGUACAGUCUGCUUUUAAUACAAAU